GCAAUUCCCGUGAGAUCCCUGAAGUGGUAUGUUCCGGGAAUCCCUCGAAAGCAGCAUUAGGUCUGAUUGGCGUGUGUCCUGGGAAAAACGUCACGAGUCCGAAAUCUUCCAUAGAGUAGUUAGUUGGUCCGAACAAGAGGAGUGGAAGUGACUUGUAUUUGGAUUACAGUGGGUUGCAUUCGUGUAACUGUUGUUAUUGUAGCUUGGUUAGUUAACGUUAACACUCCGAGGAGCAAGCAGCAGGUGCAUGUGGAUGGCUAUAACACCCAAUGCAAAGUCCGCUCUCUCCACGCGGCGUGAACAUCGGCGUAUCCAUAAAAUAUUGAAAGAAUCGAACUAAAGCAAGUGCUUGGUUUCGCGGCUUUCCCUUUUCGAGAAUAGCAUGUUAAUCCCAGGAAAAAGCAGCGUCUCUCCGUCCCGACUCUACUCACGCAAACAUGGAGAAAAGUUCAAAGUGAACGUUAACGGUAACUUACCUCAACUGUGACGUCGACAUUCAUGGUAGUUGUAAACUUGUUUUGGCCUCUUUUUUUUUUUGUUGGAGAAAAACAACACGGCGGAUACAUGGUGAGACUCUAGCGCACAUAUUCUCAGGAUAUCACUGGAGCAGAAGAGGCAAUGGAGAAGAAGAACAAGGCGACCGAUCGGACCCGCUCCCCGGUUGACGGUAGAGCCAAAGACCGAGUGGACAGCGUGGAUCCGUAUGGCUUUGAGCGCUCAAAGGACUUUGAUUACGAGUCAUAUGAGGAGCUCAUGUCUGAGUAUCUAGUUGUGCUCACCCGACGAUCCAUCAAGUGGUCCAAACUACUGAAGGGCAAACGCAAGGUGCAGAAGAAUGUGAAACUAAAGCGUUACGUACGUAAGGGGAUUCCCAAUGAGCACCGGGCUCUGAUCUGGAUGGCAGCCAGUGGGGCCCAAGACCAGCUAGAGAAGAACCCAGGAUACUACCAGUCCCUGCUCCGAGCCGAGCACGACCCCAAACUGGUGGAGACCAUCUGCACAGACUUGAACAGAACAUUUCCAGACAACGUCCAGUUCCGCAAGACAUCCAACCCAUGUCUGCAGAAAGCUCUGUACAAUGUGCUACUGGCUACUGGCUACCACAACCCAGUUGUGGGCUACUGUCAGGGGAUGAACUUCAUAGCUGGGUAUCUUCUUAUCAUCACAAAAGAUGAAGAGAAGUCCUUCUGGCUGAUGGAAGCACUACUCGCUAGAAUUUUACCUGACUACUACAGUCCAGUCAUGCUGGGGCUCAAGACGGACCAGGAGGUGUUAGGGGAACUGGUGAAAGUUAAAAUCCCCGGGGUCUGGCAGACCAUGAUGGAUCAUAAUGUCAUGUGGACCCUGGUGGUCUCCCGAUGGUUCAUCUGUCUCUACAUAGACGUCUUGCCAGUAGAGACAGUUUUGCGGAUUUGGGAUUGCCUGUUCUAUGAGGGCUCCAAAAUCCUGUUCCGUGUAGCUCUCACACUGAUCCAACACAACCAGGCUCUGAUUCAACAGGCCCAGUCACUGCCGGACGUCUGCCAAAGCUUCAAGCAGAUCACCCAUGGACCAUUUGUUGAUGAAUGCCACACUUUCAUGCAGAAAAUCUUCGCUGAACCAGGAAGUCUCUCCAUGGCAACAUUGACUAAGCUGCGGGCGACAUUUCGUGCUCGCAUUAUUACAGAAGAACUCGGUCCAACUGAUCCUGAAAGUUAAUACACACAUUCCACUAAG